AUGCCACCUAAGAAACAUGCAAGUAACAACUAAAACAUCAAAGCUCUCUUAAUUAAUGGAAAUAAGAAGGAGAGGAAAGAGAUGAAGGAAAAAUAAAAAUAAUUUAUUAAAUGUCCUUUAAUAGGAUCGGUGGGUUUUCAAUUAAGAAGAGUGUUAUAGAAAUAUAGAAAUUAGAUAAUGAAGGAGUUUAAUUUUGGCUAAUUAGUUUAAUAGUUAGGAAAAAUCAAGUAUAUGGAUUCAAUUGGAGAUAUGUUAAGUUCAAUAUUGUAUCUGAAUGUAACUAAAAUGUCUGAUAUUUGGAGUGAUAUUUAUACUCCUGAUCACAUAGAUGAUGUAAUUUGAUAUCUAAUUUAGUUGAUUAGUUAAGAAAAUACUUAAUUUCUUAAACAUUGGCUCAGGAAUUCCUUUUCAAUUCUGGCCUAGGAUCAAGUAGAUUAAUCAGAGUCAUGGUAUUCAUAAUCGAAUUCAAUGAACAAUUAAAAUUGGAAUUAUCAGAUGUUAAAUAUCUACGGGGCUAGUGGAAAGAUGAGCACAUUAUUGGCUAUAACAAGAGCAUAUAAAAUUGAUGUUCUCUUGACUUACAAUUACACUGAGAAGAGAGUAUUCGAAGAGAUGUUUGCAAGUCAACACAUCAAAUUUACUCAGGAAUUAGAAAACACUGAAUUUGGCAACAAAAAGAAGAUUAUUAUUCACAGAGGCACUCUUCCAAAAUUCAUCAAUUCCAGAAUGUUAUAGAUUCAGAGAGUGCCCUUUAUAUGGAUUACAGGUAUCGAGUCUUCAUAAUCGCAGACUGUUAGUAGAAUCACGAACUAUUCGAUAACUUUGAACUGGUGCAAUAUUCUCAUAAUGAAAUAGUCAAAUACAUUUAUUUAGUAUUGAUAAUCGAGCAAAAUUACAAAGGGUAAUUGGAUAGAAUCAAUAAUGAGUUAAAAAGUAAAGUGAUCUAUGAAAACAUCAAAGAAUAAGGAGAGUUCUUUGUGAAUUUUACAAUGCAAAAACCAUCUCUAAGGAUUCAGGAUUUAGAGAUGAAUUUAGAUUACUAUGAUAUUUUCAUACUUACUUUAUUUAUGAAGGGCAACAUGAGAAACACACUGAAUUGGUUGCAAUUUCAUAAAGAGGAUGAGAAUGUUCAAUCAUUAAUAGCAGAAUUAAAGUUGUCUAAUGCUUAAUUGCCAUACAUGCUAAAAAAUCAAUUGCCGUUAUUUCGAACUGUUGAAAAUAUUUCUUAAUUAAGCCAAAAAGCAUGGUCAUGGUAUGAUGAACAAUGUGUAAAUUUAAUAAAUGACAUGGUUAAAAGAAGAUAGAAACUAUUUUUAGAAUCAUAUGGUAGAAGAAUAAUCAACAGCAAAAGGCACUUAUUCUUAAUUAAUCAUGUUCUGAAGGUAAUACUUAAUAAGUAAGAAUAAUAGAUCAAUGCUUUGAAUGUUCAAACCUUUGCUUAAAACACCAGACUAAGAAGAUUGAAUAAGGAAGUUCAAGACUUUUAUAAACCAUUAUCAUAACUCUUUGAACAAGAGGAACAAUAUGAGAUUUUUAAGUAAUUUGAUAAAUUUUCAGAGUUUUUACAAGGCUGA